UUAAGGAGGCUGCCUCUUUGCCUCUUCCCUGCCUUAAGUCAACUACCCUGGACUCAGGCUGAAAGACCAGGCAGGACGGGCAGAUGGGUUGGGGAGGGACCAGCCCUGGCUCCGCCCUUCCCAGUGCAGAGCCAUGGAGAGACCAGGUCCUGGCGGGUCACCCCUGGCGCAAGUGCCCUACACCGUUCUGCUGCUGCCACUGGGGACGAGCCGACGAGACCCGGGGGCUCAGAGCUUCUUCCUCUGGCUGCAGAGGAUGCAGGCUCUGGAGAGGGAACAAGACGCUCUGUGGCAGGGCCUGGAGCUGCUGGAGCGUGGCCAAGCCUGGUUUGCAGACCGCCUGAGGGAGGCACAGCAUCGGCAGCUGCAUCUGGGGGCCCUCGGGGAGGACUUUCUACGGGACCCACCCUCAGAGGCCGGCCUCCCCCAGCUAACCCAGAUUCAGAAGGUGAAUGCCUGUUUGAGCCGACUGAUUCAGAAGGACUUGUCAAAGCAGCAGAAAGGAGUCACCCUGUCCACCAGAGAGCUGGCUCAGCCAGGCUCCCUGCAGGGCCAGAAGGGCCCCACCCUUGUGUAA